GUUAGAUGAUUGUUAAUUCGAAACAGAUGUCUUCCGAAGUGCCUUGAGCGGUGUCUAUCGAAGGUGAGAGGAGAAGUAACAACAUGGGUUCGAAAAUAGAGUAUGUGGAAUCCUCUCAUAUGUACGCAACGAAUUACAUUCGUAAUUCGAAGGCGAUCGGCGUUCUGUGGGGUAUUUUUACUAUAUGCUACGCCAUAAUAGGAGUCGUAGCUUUUGUCACACCAGAAUGGCUGGGAGACUUAGAACAUGAGAAUCCAGGGAGAUUUGGCCUCUGGACAAGGUGUAGUUACGGUGGUAACGGUGAAUUGGGUGAAGAAUGCAUAGGCCGAUUGGACGAUCUAUCGACAAUCGCAAACAUUCCCUUCAGAACAAGCACCAUUCUAGUCGGCAUUGCUGUCAUAAUCGCUCUAUUGACGAUUUGCGCAAUGCUUCUGUUUUUUUUCUGCCAGAGUACAACUGUGUUCUACCUGUGCGCCUGGAUGCAAGUGGUUUCAGCGAUAUCCAUGGCCAUUGGAGUCUGUAUUUACCCUCUGGGUUGGGAUUCACCAUUAAUUCGAGCCGUUUGCGGUGCAGCUGCAUCCAGAUACAAUCCAGGAGCCUGCGCCGUUAGGUGGGCGAUACCGUUAGCGGCGAUAGCCGCUUUAGACGCUGCUACGUUAGCCGCGCUUGCUUUUAUUCUGGCAUCUAGGCACGUCAGGCUUCAACCGGAACCCUUUAACAACGGUUCCUUGUACAAAGGUGAAGUGAACCCAGGGUAUGUAAAUGAGGCGCAGAGUGUCGCUGGUUCUCGAAAAUCCCUCUCCUUGCGACCGGUUCUUUUAGUCGCUCCACCAGAACAAGACCGCUAUAGUGAGCUCUCGAGAGCAAAAUCCCACUCGCAUCACAGUCUUUAUACACCAGCUCCGUCGCAUCCAGCCCAUACGAUGUCGACGAAUACCUUGAAUCAUUCUCAACAUAAUUUCCAAUUGUAG